GUUCACUCGUUCUUGUACAACUAUCAGCCUGUUUUAUACACACCAGUAUCUCUAAUACUCCCCACCCACCAAACCGCCAACAUGAAGUACGCUGUCGCCGCCGCCCUCCUCGCCGCCGUCGUCAAGGCCCAGACCAUCAACGACGUGCCCAAGUGCGCCAUCCCUUGCCUCGACGAUGCCAUCGCCAGCGAGACCAGCUGCGACACCACCGAUUACGCCUGUGUCUGCCAGAACUUUGACGCCGUCCAGGGUGUUGCCACCAGCUGUGUCAUCGACAAGUGCGGCGCCACCACCGCCCUGAACGAGGUUCUCCCCGCUGUCGAGGCUCUCUGCGCCGCCCAGGGUAGCAGCGCCGAGACCACCGCCGCUGAGACCACCGCCGCCGAGUCCUCCAUGGCGCCCACCAUGGAGUCCUCCAUGGAGAUGACCUCCACCAUGGAGCAGCCCACCAUGGAGCCCACCGAGACCGUCAUCGAGACCACCGUCCAGACGACCCUCACCACCACCGUCUGCGACAGCGGCUGCGGCGAGGCCACCACCACGCCCAUGCCCAUGCCCAGCGGCAACGGCACCGCCCCCGAGCAGCCCUCGCAGCCCCCCAACGCUGCCGGUGCUCUGGCUCCCAUUGGCGGUCUCUUCCUCGCCGUCGCUGCCUUUGCCCUCUAAGUCAUUCAUGACCUGGAUGGUAUCGGACAGGGGGGUUUGCCUUGUGUGCACAUGAGUGUAUGACAUGGUCCUUUUGGAUGGAACUCGGGGCACGACCGCUUUGUAAUGGUGUUUAUGAUGGAUGCGCAGGAGAUAGCUUGAGAUUGGCUCUUUGAUCCGUCUUUUAGCCAGGAGUGUAAUACAGGAAUGAACAGUUGAUACACGGAAUGUGCUUGAUGUGGUACCCUUGG